GCCGCGGGUGACGAAGAGCCGCGGUGGCCGAGCGCAGGCGUGACCCGCGCCGCUGAGCCCCGCCGGGACGGGGUCGAGCCUCGAAGCCCACUCCGUGGUGACAUUUCUCCUGAUGUCUGUGAGAAUUAGUGGAUAAGUCGCUGCAGCUGGUUUGUCGAGUGAGUGAUAUACCCAUCAUUGGGAGGAUACAGCAUAUCACAGAUCCGUUUGAUGGAGGCAUCUCCAGUAGCAGGAGCCAGCCGGUGCCUUGUCCAGAGCUAAUAUACAGUAUUGCAGUACAGAGGGUGCCUGUGCUUACUGCAGGCUUGGAGCUAGAGCGAAAUGGAGGAAUCCAGGAGCAGAUAUCUAGCAAGGAAAUACUUCUGUCUCUGGGCAAAAAAGACAUUUGGACGAGUUCUUCCUUCCACAGCCAGGAGCUUUUAUGACAAGAAGCAUAUUAUUUUUCAAAACACUUCUGGAGAGUGGAAGGAGCAGUGGACUGUCUGCAGAGGAAAGAAGCUCAGCCUCAGAGCAGCCAGACACUACAGGCAUUUACUCCUUAAUUUGAUAUUCAAGGCCUGGAGGGCUUAUGUGUGCCAGCAACAUAGAAUGAGGAGUAAAUAUGAUAUUGCAGAGUCUCAUGCAAAGAAGCAACAGUUGCUUAGGACCUGGCAGUGCUGGCUGGUUUAUGUUGAUGUUCGGAGGACAAAACACGGGAUGCAGUCUGUGGCAGUGGCUUUCAGGGAAAGAAGCUACUUGCGCAUGUCCUGGGCUGUAUGGAGAAGACGACACCAGCAGAACUGUGCUGGUCGUAAAAUGAACAUUUUGGCUCUGCAGCACUGGGCUCAGAGCCUGCAGUUCCGAGCUUGGUUGCAGUGGCAGGAGCUGUAUUUCUACAGCCAGAAUGACAAGCAGAAGGAGAUGAGGGCAGUAACUCAUCAUCAGCAGUGGGAAUUGAAGAGAUGCAUGGAAGCAUGGCUGGGAUACUUCUACCUCCGCAGAGCAAAGAAACAUAAGAAUGAGCUGGCCCAAGAGCAUCACCGAAACAGGAUAGUCCAGCAGUGUUUCUCCAAUUGGCGGCUUUCAUGGGAGUGCAGGAGAAGAAUGCGUACUCCCCAAAAGGGCAUUGAAAAACUAUCAGGAAGGAUUGCCUUAUGGAGAGGCUUUGCGUGCUGGAAGCAUUAUGUCGUACUGCGUGUGGAAGAGACUCAACAGUGUGGGCUGGCUGAAAAACACUACAACCAUUAUCUGUUGAACCUCGGGUUUGAGGGUCUUUGGCAGAAUGUCAUGGAUGCUCAUCUUCAGAAAAUGGGGAAACAUCUGUCAUGCCGUUUGCAUCAUGCAGUGUUGCAGAAGUUCUGGAACCGUUGGAAGUCCCGUUUGGAAGAGAAGGGGGAAGAACAGCAGCAGGCCUUAACAUCAGUGGCUUGUGCCCGUUACAGGAGAGUGUUGAUGAGCCGGAUGUUUGAUAUGUGGUUGCUGAAGGCGAGCAAGCAGCAAGAAUACCGACUGGAAGAGAAAAGGGCUGUGCUUCAUUUUGAAAGGCAGCUGUUGCGUUGCUUCUGGUGCCUCUGGCGCCAAAGAACAGCUGCAUGUUUGGAGGAGCAGGAGGGCUUGGUUUGUGCAAGAGAUCACUACAGUAAGCUGCUGCUGCUGAAGGCUUUCUGUCUGUGGAAACAAAACACUCAGCAGAGAAAAACAGAGAAGCUCAAGGAACUGCAAGCCUUAAGAUUUCACCUUUCAAAGUGUCUGCAGCAGACUUGGAACAAGUGGAGGGAGUAUGUGGGACAUCAGCGUGAGAAAUGGAGGAAGUUGGUGCUAGCAGACAGGCACUAUCAGCACACAUUGCUGGGCAAGACCUUGGCAGCCUGGAAGAGUUACCAAGAUAACAUACAGUGCAUUCUGUACCAUGUAGCUGAAAAGGAGGAACAGCGCACCAGAUUGCUGCUGUGGCAGCAUCUGCAUGUGUGGAGAGAAAAUGCCUUUGCUCUCAUACGUGAAGCUGAGGCAACCUCUCGGGCAGAUGAGCACUACAGGAGAGCAGUCCUGUCGAAGGUGUUGCUGCAGUGGAGAUGCGCUGCCUCGCGACAAGGGUAUUGCCGUCAGCAGAAGAGUACAGCUGUGAUGGAGGCUAGAAAACAUUUGGAUAUAGCACGUUUACAGAGUCUGUUUCUUCGCUGGAAGAAGUUAACUAGGGAGUCUCUGAUGCUGAGGGCGCAGCAGCACAGGGCAGUACAGCACCACCAGCAGCACCUACUCCAGAAGUACCUGGUGAAAUGGAAGGAAUAUCAUCAGCGAUGCCUCAGAAAAGCGCUGCUACAAAGACAGGGAGAUCAGCUAAUGACUCGUAGACUUUGCUCUGCUUCCUUCUGUUGCUGGAAGGCACGGCUGUUGGAGCAGCAAUGGGAAAAGCAGAAGACAGUGCAGGGGUUGUGGCACUGGUCCCUUUCAUUGCAGAGAAAGGUAUUUGAUGCUUGGCUCAGGUUUGCCAAGGCACAGCAGCAGAAGAAAGGUCACACUGAAAAAGUCAUGGGAGUUUCCCACACCACUUUUCUGAGAGAAGGUGCAAGCUGGGACUUGAGACACACCGCUGGCAUGAAACCAUUGCAGGGACAGCUCCAAGCCCAGUGCCAGCUGAAGAAGCAAGUGACAUUUGAAGUGCCUGAUGUUAGCCCAGAGACAAGGGGACAUUCAGCAGAGGAAAAGCCACGGCCUUCACAAUGCGGUCAUCUACCAUUUCACCUUGCUGGUGGGCACUCGGUUCUCAGUGACCUAAAUGCUAUUCGACAAGCAAGGUUACCACCACGGAGGCCUGACUUCCUUCUGGAAUCUCUAGAAAGCAAGGAACUGCUGGGACCUCCUCUUACUAGGUCCGAGACACCCUUCCAGCAAAUGCCUGCAAACAGAUGCUCUGUGCACGCUGGGAGCUUAAUGCCAGCACCUCAAAUGGAAGAAAGCACCUGUAGAUGUCUGUCUCCGAUGGGUAACACCACUCACUCCUACCCACCGCUCCCGUCUGCGUCACUGUGGACACAUGGUGUGCACUGUGCUCAACAGGAGACUCUGGAGAAGAAGUUGCAACCACAUUUGCAGCCACACUUGCUGUUACCUGAAGACUUUGUGGGAAAAGGAAGUUGCCAGACUGCAGCUGAAAGGGAAGAAAGGGAGCACAGUUCCAAAGCAGAAGCAGUGUUUCAGAGAAGGCUGGGAGCUGAACUCCAACACAUCCAGCAGCAGAUGCAGUACUACUUCAGCAGGAAACAAGAACUUAAGUCCUGUCAGCAGCAGGUACAGGUUCUGCAGAAGUGGCUGGAAACAAGCGUGCAACCCAAGGACAAAGAAGAGGCACGAGGAGUUCAGGCAGAAUUGGAUCAGUUGCAGGUGAGGAUCAAGGCCCUGGCCAAAGCACAGCCACAAGACAGACACCACGUGCAGAACCUGCUUGCCCGCCUGCGUGAUAUCCAGAGUGCUCUGGAUACGUGAUACCUCCAAACCCACUGUCUGGCUCACAAGCAGGACAUUUUGCCCCCUUCACAGCAGGAGAGGAUAGAAGCGAUGUGUGCGUUCUCUUAGUCUAUGUAUGGCAUUUUGAUUUUAUAAAUUAACUAUUUUUGCUUGAUUUAUUUUGUCACUACAGCUGGUUAAACUAGGAACUUGGCAUACCCCACACUGCACCCACAAUACGUAAUUUAGGUUACCCUGACAUUUCAGAAAGAUCAGCAACACUGGUAAGACUCUUUAUUUCAAAACGUUUGCAGUUAAAUGAAUUAAUGUCAGUAAGUUAUACACUUUGAUGUACAAAAAUACCGUGCUACUGAUACAGUUGAAGAAUUAAAUGGAUUCUCCAUGCAGGAGAAAUUCACAGCAUUAUCAGUACCCUCUAGGAACUUUGCUUUCACUUCCAGGGUGCCUUGCUGACCUCUGUGUAACAAGUUAGGUUUGUUAAUCCACCAGCUCUGCACAGUAUUGAGACCAUCACAAAACCAGCCACUUGCACCCUAAUCCUCUCCUCCGAUUUCUAAUAAAGCAAAUCCCAUGUAACCUGUUGGGCAUCGCUCAGCCAACAGCCACCUUCAGAUCCUAUGUGUGAUUAUGGGAGCAGGCAGAAAUUAAAGCUCAAAGGUGCUCUGGCUGUGUCUGGAGGGCACAGGCCUCAGUGGGAGAUGGGCAGAGGAUUCAGUUGUCUUGUCUCUCAGCCACUGGAACAGAUUUGCCUUCUCCCGCUAAGACGACUGGUCCUCUAACGGGUACAGCUUUAUCCUCUCAGGGCUGACAUUUGCCUGUGUUUUCUCACUCUCAGUG